AUGGCUGUAUACAAUCUAACCCACUUACAUGUCGAUAAGUACAAGAAGGAAGGGAAGAUGAAUGCCCAAAUGACAAAGGCACUGCAAAAGGCAGCCAAGGGUAAGCAAAGCGAAGUAAAGUGCAAUAUGGAACAGGACAAGGUAGUAUUUCAGGGCAGAAAAGAAAAAAUUCCACGGGCGAAAAUUGCAAAGACACAGAGGAACAAGGACCAGAAGAUCGUUGUAAUCGCCACGAAGGCCAUCAAGGAGGCACCAAAGGGUGAAGAAUCGAAAAAACCUGAUCCAGCUCCCUCUGCACCAGAGCCUAAGCCAGCUGAAUCGGAAAAGCAUUCCAAAACGCCGUCUCCAGAAAAGAAAGCGCCACGUCUUAUCUUCAAUACGGUCCUAGAGUCCUUCGAGAUGUGA